CUCAAUCUCAUCAUGGCAGGCGGACUUCAGAACGCAAAGCGGGACCUAGCCAAGAUUCGAGAUGAAGAGCGGGAGAGUCUGUUCGGCCAAGUUUAUGGUGUCUCUGGCCCUGUUGUUGUCGCCGAAAAUAUGGUCGGAGCGGCUAUGUAUGAACUUGUCCGAGUUGGGCACGAUGAGCUCGUUGGCGAGGUUAUUCGGAUAGAAGCAGAUAAAGCCACGAUCCAGGUCUAUGAGGAGACUUCCGGCGUUACUGUUGGAGACCCUGUACUGCGAACGGGCAAACCGCUCAGUGUUGAGCUUGGUCCAGGCCUCAUGGGUAACAUCGUCGACGGUAUUCAACGACCCCUACGAUCUAUCCAAGAGCGCUCGAAAUCGAUAUAUAUUCCGCGUGGAAUCAAUACUGACGCCCUUGACCGAGAGAUCCAAUGGGACUUCAAGCCUGCCGGGUUCAAGGUUGGUGAUCAUAUAACUGGUGGAGACAUUUUCGGCGGUGUCUAUGAGAACUCUCUUGUCGACAACCACAAGAUUAUGCUGUCACCGCGCGCUCUUGGGACCAUCACACACAUUGCGGAGAAAGGUAGCUACGCCGUCAACGAUGUGGUACUUGAGACCGAAUUCGAGGGCAAGACGACUAAACACACCUUAAUGCAAUUGUGGCCUGUUCGAGCUCCGCGACCAGUGACGGAGAAGCAAACAGCUGACUACCCUCUGCUAACUGGCCAGCGCAUCCUCGAUGCUCUGUUUCCAUGUGUCCAGGGUGGUACGACUGCUAUCCCCGGUGCUUUCGGAUGCGGCAAAACAGUCAUCUCGCAAGCUCUUUCCAAGUAUUCAAAUAGCGACAUCAUCGUCUAUGUCGGUUGUGGCGAACGUGGAAACGAGAUGGCUGAAGUUUUGGCUGAUUUCCCUACACUGACGAUGGAGGUCGGAGAUCGCAAAGAACCUAUCAUGAAGCGUACAACCUUGGUUGCCAACACCUCCAAUAUGCCCGUGGCUGCUCGAGAGGCCUCAAUUUAUACUGGCAUUACUUUGUCCGAAUACUUCCGUGACCAGGGCAGCAAUGUCUCGAUGAUGGCUGAUUCUACCUCUCGAUGGGCUGAAGCUCUUCGCGAAAUCUCAGGUCGUUUGGCCGAAAUGCCAGCAGACUCUGGAUACCCUGCAUACCUCAGCACGAAACUUGCCAGUUUCUAUGAACGCGCAGGCAAAGUUGUCUGCCUCGGUAAUCCUGCUAGACAGGGAACUGUCUCUAUCGUUGGAGCUGUCUCGCCGCCGGGUGGAGACUUUUCGGAUCCUGUAACGUCUGCUACCCUCGGUAUUGUGCAGGUGUUCUGGGGUCUUGACAAGAAACUUGCGCAACGCAAACAUUUCCCCUCUGUCAACUGGUCUCUCUCGUACUCCAAGUACAUGAAGGUGCUGGAGCCCUAUUACGAGAACAACGCUGAAGGCUUCAUCGAAUUACGGAUGAAGACGAAAGAAAUCCUACAGAAAGAGGAGGAUUUGGCGGAGAUUGUUCAGCUUGUAGGAAAGAGUGCCCUUGGAGAAAACGACAAGAUCACUCUUGAAGUCGCUCGUAUGCUCAAAGACGACUUUUUGCAACAGAAUGGCAUGAGCGAGUACGACCGAUACUGCCCCUUCUACAAAACUAGUGGCAUGUUGAAAUGCUUCGUCGGUUUCCACGACGCAGCCAUCCGUGCCGUUAGUCAGAGUCAAGGAGACAUCACAUUUGCAAAGAUUAAGGAGGGUGCUAGCGAUCUGAUGUUCAAACUUUCGCAGAUGAAGUUCGAGUCCCCGUCACAAGGGAAGGAGCCCAUCGUGCAGAAGUUGGAUGCUUUGUAUACCGAGAUUCAGGACAAAUUCCGUCAAAUGGCCGAAUAA